CUCCGGGUUUGGGUCCGGCGAGGUUAUCCUAACUUUCUGGUUUUUUUAAGCCGUCUACCCGCAGGCUGUCUGCCUAGUUCUGGCAGCCAGGCCCCGAGGAGUCUCCUCCUCCGGGAAGCUUUCAGGUUGCUCCCGAGCAUGAGGUGAUAGCCCGAGGCCCUCCAUAAAAUAGUCCGUGAGCAGCCUGUGAGCUUGUCAAAGGCAGUGGCCAGGUGGUUUCAUCGGCCAGGCCCAGAGCUGGGCCCAGGGGACACAGAGUUAGUGCUCAGCAAAUGCUCUUUGGGUGGGAAGUGAAUAAAUGAAUGAUUAUCAGGGCACCUGGGCCCAGGAGAAUGAGCCCAGGAUGGGGCCACAGGCCCAAAACUUCAGAGCCUCCUAGCUAACAUGGAACUUCCUGACAAGAUAAGAGAAUAAGAAGACAAGCUACAGGCUGAAAAAAAACCUUGCAGAUCGUAUACAUGAUAAAGAGCUUGUAUCCAGAAGAUGUAAAGAACUCUCACAAUUCAAAGAACUUGAACUAAUGAAAGAAGUAUAUGGCACUUACGAAGAUAAAUGUCACUCCUCCUUUUUAAACUAGAACUUCUGCUUAGGAGCUGUAUAUGACUUUUCAUCUGUGAUCUCGACUUUGGGUUACAAGAAAGUUUCUGAAGAUUUAUAUCAAAUGACGUCAAUGGCCAGCUUGUUUUCUUUUACUAGUCCAGCAGUAAAGCGAUUGUUGGGCUGGAAACAAGGUGAUGAGGAGGAGAAAUGGGCAGAAAAGGCAGUAGAUGCUUUGGUGAAAAAGCUAAAAAAGAAAAAGGGUGCCAUGGAAGAACUGGAGAAAGCCUUGAGCAGUCCAGGACAGCCGAGCAAGUGUGUCACUAUUCCCAGGUCUUUGGAUGGACGCCUGCAAGUUUCUCACAGAAAAGGCCUACCCCACGUUAUAUAUUGCCGUGUUUGGCGCUGGCCUGACUUGCAGAGUCAUCAUGAGCUAAAGCCAUUGGAUAUUUGUGAAUUUCCUUUUGGAUCUAAACAAAAAGAAGUUUGUAUCAACCCAUACCACUAUAAGAGAGUGGAGAGUCCAGUUUUACCUCCAGUUUUAGUGCCUCGUCAUAAUGAAUUUAAUCCACAACACAGCCUUCUGGUUCAGUUUAGGAACCUGAGCCACAAUGAACCGCACAUGCCACAAAAUGCCACGUUUCCAGAUUCUUUCCACCAGCCCAACAACACUCCUUUUCCCUUAUCGCCAAAUAGCCCUUAUCCCCCUUCCCCUGCUAGCAGUACAUAUCCCAACUCCCCAGCAAGUUCUGGACCAGGAAGUCCUUUUCAGCUCCCAGCUGAUACUCCUCCUCCUGCCUAUAUGCCACCUGAUGAUCAGAUGGGUCAAGAUAAUUCCCAGCCUAUGGAUACAAGCAGUAAUAUGAUUCCUCAGAUUAUGCCCAGUAUAUCCAGCAGAGAUGUUCAGCCUGUUGCCUAUGAAGAGCCCAAACAUUGGUGUUCGAUUGUCUACUAUGAAUUAAACAAUCGUGUUGGUGAAGCUUUUCAUGCGUCUUCUACUAGUGUAUUAGUAGAUGGAUUCACAGAUCCUUCAAAUAACAAAAGUAGAUUCUGCUUGGGAUUAUUGUCAAAUGUUAAUCGUAAUUCGACAAUUGAAAAUACUAGGCGGCAUAUUGGAAAAGGUGUCCAUCUGUACUAUGUUGGUGGGGAGGUGUAUGCGGAGUGCCUCAGUGACAGCAGCAUAUUUGUACAGAGUAGGAACUGCAACUUUCAUCAUGGCUUUCAUCCCACUACCGUAUGUAAGAUUCCCAGCAGCUGCAGCCUCAAAAUUUUUAACAAUCAGGAGUUUGCUCAGCUUCUGGCUCAGUCUGUCAACCAUGGGUUUGAGGCUGUAUAUGAGCUCACCAAAAUGUGUACCAUUAGAAUGAGUUUUGUCAAGGGCUGGGGAGCAGAAUAUCACCGACAGGAUGUUACCAGCACCCCAUGUUGGAUUGAGAUUCAUCUUCAUGGGCCUCUUCAGUGGCUGGAUAAAGUCCUCACUCAGAUGGGCUCACCAUUGAACCCCAUAUCUUCUGUUUCAUAGUGCAGAAGUAUUCUUUACAUUUAUAAUAUUAGUGGACUUGUUUUAAUUUUAGAGAAACUUUCAGUACAGAUACUGUGAGCUUACAUGGAAAACUGAUAUUACAGCUUUUUUUCUACAUAAUUAUGACCAAUAUGUUUGUAUUUUGUGAUGAAUCCACAUUUGCUUUUGUUCAUGUUCAUGCUCAAAAGUGUCAUGAAAAAAAAAGUGUCAUGAAAGAUGGCAGAGUUAAGUAUUAUGAGUAUACCCCAGUUCAGAAAUUUGGCAUUUGAUCUUAAAUUAGAAUAUGUUUUUGUCUUAUUGUCCCAAUACUUUUUUUAUUUGUUAAUUCUUUUUGAAAAAGUAUUGCAUCACAUGAUAAAAUUUUUAAAUAAUUGUAAGAGGGUAUACAGUAAAAAGUAAGUCUUCCCUCUUACUCUUGAUCCUCCAAACACUAUAUACUUGUAUCAGUUUCUUUAUCCCACCAACUUUAAAAAAUAUCAUUCAUUGUUUUACAAAAGCAUAUGAUAGGGGCUUAAAGAAACUACAAAAAAUAUUUUAUUUGAAGGAACACUAUGCCCUGCCCUAACAAGUAGUGUUCAGUAAAAGAAAAGUGAUCCUUUUCUAGAUGACAUCGUAAAAUUUACAUUUAAUACAGCUAAAUGUUUGUCAAUGUAAUGUAACUUCAUUCAGUAUAUCUUUUGUAAAACAUUUCCUUUUUUUAAAAAAAAAGUAUCGCAAACAUCUGAUCUCCAUUAUAUGUCAUUUACUCAAAUUCUGUCAUAAAUGCUACUUCAUAGCUAGUGAUAGUGCAUGUGUGGCCUUGUUCAGCUGUAUUUGCUGCUUUUGGUCAGUGUCGCAAGAACUCUUAAUUUUGACAUGCAUUAGUCUUUUAUUUUGCACUUUUGUGGGUGACAGUUUUUAGCGUAACCUUUGGUGAAACACACUCAAGUGACUUGGAUUUAGAUGCUUGUCCUUAUUUCCUCAGUACCCCUUUUGUAUUAACAAACACUGCAGUUUAGAGAUUACAGUUGUAGGAAGUUAUGCUUUUUCUACCUUUUGUUUUCUUUUCAGCCUAGAUUAUAGGAUAUUAUUCUAUAGCUCCAACAUUUUAAUUCCCCGCAAUUUUAUGGAUGUUGUUAAUGUUGAGAAACAUGUACUUAACCUAUUGCUUUUACUUGCAUCCAUCUCCCCAUGCAAGGACCUGUGCACUGUAGCCAUAGGAGGCUCUUCAGUCGGGCUCCAAGGUUGAGACUACUGGUCUGAUACUUAAAUGAAUCAGCAGUGGAUGUUGUUGUUUUUAAAAUAUUCACGUAUCACAGAAUGCAGUUUAUCCCAAUUACCAUGCACACUCUGACGUUUUCCAUUUUUUAGUACCUGCAUUGAUGCUUGUCUCCCAGAACACAAUUCUGAGACAGGAAAGACAUGAAAACACUAAAAUGUUGAUUUGAUCAAUCAUGCUUAAAGGUUAAAGGACUUAAAAAGUAAAGGACUCUUAACUACCUUUUUUAGGGCGUAGUCAGAUGGACACUUAAUUAUGGCAUGAAAACCAAGAAUUAUUUUGAACAAAUGAUCUGAUUUAUCAGAAGAAGCUUUAUUUUCUGGUGCCUUUUGAAAGUAUAUGGACACAUCCUUCUUCUAUUUAAAAUGUUAGUUUGGUUUGACUUUAUAUUUUGUCCUUUCUGCCUUUAUGAGAAAAGAAUUGCAUCUUUUGAGGAAAGGAGAAUAAGAUUCCUUUUGUUUUCUAUGACAUUAUUUAUUGCUUUUACAAAGUGUAGCCAGUAGAUGGUUUAGUUCUUUCAGAUGAAAUGCCUUUUUUGUUCCAGCUUACAAUUCUUUGUUGGGUAAAGGGAAUACUUUCUGACAGUCACCUGAGACUUAAACGUAAGUGUAACCUGGCAUGCAUUUCUCAGUCUUCCAGACUUGUGUUUGCCGUAUGGAAAGUGGAUUAUUUUCUUAGCAAUAGAACAUAGCUGUUUUCAUCAUUCUUUUUAUCUAAUAGCCUCAUAGCAAAAUAUUCGGGACAAGUUGGUAGAAAAAGUUGAAUGACAGAAACAUGUAAUCAACCUCAGUGAACUCAUACGGGUAGAAACUAUUGUUUUUACCGAUGUUUUCAAUUGGGUUAAUUAAAACUUGUCUUUAUUUGGGGAUCAAUAUUCAUGUCAUAGCCUUUAGAAUUAGCAGGAUUUUAUGUGGUUAGCCUCUUCUUUGUUUUCUUUAAGGAGUUGUGUCUCAUGAAUGAUAGUCCUGAAACUGUUAACCCUUAAGUGCUUCAUGAAGAAGUAUAAGUUGUAUUUCGUAAAAGUUGUCAAUUCCACGCCCAUGGAUUUUAAAUGAAAGCUUUGUUCGUUUUGGCUGUUCAUUUAAUCCAAUCCCUGAAGAUGCCCAUAUACCCAUGGAUGGGAAAUAAAAAUUUCCAGUAGGAUAAAAAACUAAGUAACAUGCUGGCCAACCAAAGGAAAGCACCUCUGAAACUAUUUCAGAAAAUUAAAGUGUUUUUUUUUUAUCUCCAGAAUGAUUUACAAUCAAAUUUAGGAAAAUAUCGACAUCAAUAGAAUAAUCACACUGUAUAGAAUAUACUCCAUAUGCCAGCAAGACAAGAGUCUGGGGAUAGUAAAAUUGCAACCAGUUUGGUAAAUGCAAAUAAAGGAAAGGGAUCGAAGUGAAUUUCGUUAAUAAAUUUAAGCAACAAAAAGAUAUUGAUUGGAAAAAGCAGGAUUUGAGAGGUAGAUUUGACUAAAAUCUGUAUGAUAAAAGUAUUAUGGUAUGGUUGGUAUUGCCUGGCUAAAGUUCUGGAAUGUAAAAUAGUAGGCUUGUUAUUGAUCUACUGAAACUAAGAACACGCUUUCUUUAGAGAAAAUUUAAGAUAAAGACAUCAAUCAGAAAUGCCAAAUAUAUGCGUCAGAGUGUAAAUCAUUUUUCACAUUUCAUUGUUGCUGUAUAAGAAAACUGGUAAUACAGUUGGCUGGGUUUCUGAGGUGAAAUCCAGAGUCAGAGUAAUAGAUAGUUGGUUCUACAAGCCACACUAAUUGGUAUAGACAGAGCUUUUAGCUAUUUUACAUUUUUGUAACAUUUGAGAGUGGCAUCCUUUUAGGCUAUAAAAUGAUAAAUAUGAAUUCAGAUCUGAAAUCUAUUGUCAGGGUAAGAAUUGUAGCUCACAUAAAACUUAUGUGUUACAUGAGGGUACCUCUGGAGAAAAUUUACAUAAAAAAUGAAAUCCUACCAAUAGAGAAACUAUAAAGUUUGAUAGUAUGUAUUAAAGUGUUAUACUUCUAUUACAGAGAGCAUCUAAUAUACCAGUUUACAGACAUUUCUUUAUGCUUACUUCUUGUACUUUGAAUCAUCAUUACCUUUUCCACUUAAAAUAUUUAAAUAUCUUUUGUACUUCCUGAGGAAGGAAGAAUCUUUUAAUAAUUAUUAUAUUCAUCCUCCAGUGAUGACUUACAUUUUUGAUCUGUUAACUUUUACAAGGGUCUAGAUCCUUCUUUGUCUUAUUUGUUAAAUUCUCACUUAAUCUCUUGGAUAAAAAUGUAAAUGUCUGUCUUCAUUAUACCCAUCAGCUAAACAAGCAAGGAUCUGUUAAGGUAGUAGAUAGCCUGGUGGUUUUGGAAGUGUUUAGUGAUUUUUAUGGGAGGGAGUUGUCCUAUGUGGUGGUUUAUAGAUGGUGGCCUCAGAUAUUACCUGGGGCAGCGUCUUUGGGAGUAAUCUCAGGUUUGAUGCCUGUUUCCCCCAAAGCAGCAGCAUUUUCCUUACUGACACAGGUGGGAUUUUUGGAGUUUUUCUUCUCACAAAGGAUGCAUGUAUGGAAAUUUAGGAUUCAAGGUAUUUCUUCUGUAUAAACAAAGAAUCCUGUGUCUUGGAAUGAAACUUUGGACAGUUCCUUGGAAUUCACUGGAUCGCAGUUGAGCAUGUUCUAAUUACAAGACAUAACAGUAUUUAUCAAGCCUUUGACAUAUUGGAUUGUUUAUAAUAGAGAUUUGAGACUUAGCUUCUUUAAAAUGUAGCUAUUUUAUAAUUGAAGUAACACUGUAAAAUUGGAUGAUGGUUUCCCAACACCAGUGAACGAUUUUCACACAUCAUUUUUUUUUUUUAGUAAAAGCACAUACUGUAAUAUUUGCUAUAAGAAUUGAUGUAAAACAAGUGGUGAAUUGUUUUGUUGAAGAGAUCAGUCCUAGAGCAGAAUUCUUCUGUCAUUCAUGUCAUUCAGUCUUUAAAAUUCUUAAGAUCAUCAUAAACCAUUAUCUUUUAAUGAUUUAUUUAAGAUGCUAUUUUAAAAAAAAGUUUGUGUUAGUAGCAGUCUGUAGCAACAGAAUUUUGUGUACAGGAAGUUUUUCCCCCAUUGACAGGUAGUGCCUUCUUAAUAAUAGCUGGUACUAGCUAUGAUGAAACUGGUGAGGCCAGAGAAUCUUGAAGUUCAUUGUAAAGGAAGAAAUCUUUUAGGGUCAGAUUUCCCCUUCUAAUACCAUUGGAGGUGAUGUUGCUUUGAUUUAUUCAUAAAGUCUCUGAUUAAAUGGCUUAAUUUAAUUAGGGACUGUUGAAGAAAAUGGUUGGGCAAGUGAUUUUCCUUUUAACUUGGUUGGUCAUGGUUGCAUUUCAGAAUUCUCUUAUUUUAAAAUAAGGUAGAGUUACAAUCAUAAAUACUGAAUAUUCGUAUGUGCCUGCCCAUGUUCUUUUGAAAUGACAUUUCAUAUGCAGAUGAUAAAGACCAAACCAAUGGCUGCACUGUAGGUCUGCUUAUUUGUACUUGUUCUGCCCAUUUAUGUUGUAGAAAAUGAAAUUUAGCAACAUACUUCAAUCCUGUUGUCUUUUUGAUACUGAUAAAAAUAUGUUAGCUUUUGCUAUACUGUGCUUUUCAAAGCCUUAACUCUUAACUCUUUGUUUUUGCAUAUUGCUUGCUAAUACUUUAUUUCAAUAAACCUUGAAACCUU